AUGUAUAUUGAGUAUGUCAAGAAGAAUUUCUAACCUACAGCUUCAGAAUUAGAGUUAUUGAAUUCCUAAGAAAUAAUAGAAUUAUACGAAUAUAUUUAGCAAUAAGGCGGAUUUAUUAAAGUAUCAUAAAACACUAUUUGUAGUAUUACUCACAGUAGUACAAUAAAUUUCAAUCCUAUGAUAACAAUGAAAUUCUUCAAUUGUUUCAAAAAUACUUAUUAAAUUAUGAAUUAAGAACUACAGAUAUAGAUGGAUAAUAUCUACAUAGAUGUGCUUAUAUUGAAUUUUAUAAAGCAAUCAAUUGUUUUACAGAAUCCCCAUAGAAAUGGCUCAAAGAUUAAGUAACUUUAUGGUCUUUGCCUAAGGAUGUAUUUACAAAAUUGAAUAAAAAUCUGUUUACAUUCUAAGAUUUAUCAAAAAAUCAUAGAAAUUUUGAAAUUGAUAUUAGAGCUCAGAAUCCAUUUAUAGACACAACAUUAGCAAAAGAGGAAAAUUAUUAUUAGGCUUAUACAAUGACAGUAAAAUAAUACAAAGAUUAUGCUGAGGAUCCAAAAUCAUUUUUUUACAAUAAUCCCCAAUAUAAAAAAGAUCAAGUGUAUUAGGCAGUAAAUGUAGAUAUGGAGGAAUGGAAAGAGGAAAUCCAUAGAUUAUUUGAUUUUUUACCGAAAUACUUUUCAAGAAAUAACGGAUUGAAUUAUUUAAGAUAAAAUUGUAAAGGUGCAAAUGUACCAGAAAUAUAUAUGAGAGUAUAAAAUUGUUGGAUAGGAGGAUAAUAGGAUUUUUAAGGUUUAAGUUAGAUUAAUAUAAAUCAUGGGCCAGGAGAUUGUAUUUGGACAAUUAUUGAUGCUAAUCAUAUAGAUAAGUUAUUUCAUCUUAUGCCUGAUUUAUUUAAGAAGGAGGGAAGAUGGUAUGUAAAUAUUGCAUAUUUCUUAUAAAACUAAAUACCUGUUAAAUAAAUAAUUUAAAAAUAAGGUGAUAUACUUAUAAUUGGGGCUGGAUGUUUUUUUUAGGCUAAAAAUAUUGGAAAUUCAAUACAUACAUCAUUUAAUUUCUUAAUGAUGGAUGAUUUUUCUUUGUAACAAAUUUAUAAGAGAUAGAUUAGGAAUGAUUUCUUUCAAUUUUGGAGUGUUAUAGCAAUUAGAAAUUUAUUUUUAGAUAUCUAUAUCCAUGAAAAAUUAACUAUUUUAAAAGAUUAUUUAAAACAAUUUAUUGAUGAAGAACUUCGGCGUUAAUUAUCUAAAAAACAUUUAACUCGCUUUAAAUUAUAUAUAUCUUCAAAAGAUGUAUUGAUUUGCACUAAAUGUUAUAAAGAAAUCUUUAUAUUUUUUUAAUUCAUCAAAGAUUGGGUAUAUUAUUGUCCAGAUUGCUAUAUUGAUUGUGAAGAUGUAAUAUAUAUGAAAUACAACAUUAUACAAUUGAAGUGUCUUAUCUAAGCUGAUACUAUUUAAUGUUCGAAAUUGUUAUGCAGCAAUUAUAUUGGAGAAUCUAAAUGCACAAUAAAGUAGACACUCUCUUAAAAAGUGUAAUUAUAGGAUUAAGAUAAUUCAUCAAUUGUUGAAAGUAGACAAUUUUUGGAUGAAUUCCUUGUUGGAUUAAACAUAGAAUCAUCUAAUUCUCAAAAUUAAAAUGGGACAUCUCACCAAAUUGAUUUAUUAAGUAAAGACAAAAAAUAAAUUAAAAAGAUUAAGGAGAAAAUAACGAUGAUCAAAAAAUAACAUGUAAAACAGUUAAAGUAUAAAAAGAAAGAAAAAUAUUCAGACCUUUAGGUAAUUAAGUACAUAUAAAAAACCAAAAGAAACAUCUUAAAUUGA